AAUGAAUCUUUACUCAGUUUGGUACCUAUAUUGAAGACAGGAAGCCAUUUUUUUUGCACUUCCUCUACUAGACACUUCGGUAUAUGGUUUUCACAUGAAGGGAGGAGUAUCGAACAGAGCACAGUGUAGAAGCUGAACAGUGAUCAGAGACGUCUCAGGUGGGGAGAAGAAUGGAUGUGUUUAAAAGACUGAGUUCAUUCAUCAAGCCUAAAGCCAUUGCUUAUCUGAGGAAGCACAGCAGAGAUGUGGGAAUCUCCAGCUUCUGUCUUGGUCUCAUUGAGAAACUGUUGGAAAGUGAUUUUGUUUGUCCAUGUCAACCUCUCUAUAAUGAAUUUCAGUGUGCUUCUUAUGCCAUUGUGCCUUUCUUUGUGUGCUUCAUUUACACUUUGUGUAACUUGGAAGAGUCCUCAGUAACAGAAGGAGGAGGGAAGGAAGACGAGUCCAAAAGAAAAGUGUCCAGCUCAACUGACACAUCCACAAAGCCGGAGGCCAGAAGAAGGGAUGAUGUUCCCGCAGAGCCAGAGAACCGAGGCACGGAGGACGUCCGUGAAAAUACAACACGCUCCUUUGCGGAGAAGAGUGAAGAAGUAAAGAGCAGCUGCACGUGUGAGAAAUUUCACUACUCUCUGCUCAUAAGCUCCAUCUGGCUCUUCUUCUUCUUUGUCGAUGGUCAUUACGUGGCCUGUGCGUGUUCAGACUGGGGUGGUGAAUACACUGUGACUGGAGCUUUACAGUGGUGCAAGCCCAAAGGAAAUGAGACGGAGGUGUUGGGAUGUCUGCAGAAGACUCAGAGGUAUAUGUUUAUAUCUCAGAUGGUGGGUUUUGGAAUCUUGCUGAUGAUCGGUGUAAUGAUGUGUUGCUGUGUUAAACUUUGUUGUAAAGGAUGCUCUGUUUGCUGCUGUGCUCCGAACAAACGGAAGGCGAGCGAAGAGCAGGAGGUUCCACAGAGUGAUCUGAUGAUGGAGCAGAGUCAUCCGAUGGCUGUGAGUUUAAAUCUCAGGACUGAAGAACAGGAAGUUCUGCUCGGCGCUGGAGACAUUUAGAUACAAGAAGAAGAAAAGAAAGAUAAAAUGAUGUAGUGAAUCUAAUGCGUGUUUGUGCUAGAGUCAGUUUUCACAUGAAACCCUGUGAGAUUCAUUUAAACAUUGUGGUUUUUGUGGUGUAUUUGGUGUUUGUGGUGUGUGUGUUGUUUGUGGUGUUUGUGUUGUGUGUGGUGUUUGUGGUGUGUGUGUUGUUUGUGGUGUUUGUGUUGUUUGUGGUGUUUGUGUUUUUGUGGUGUUUGUGUUGUGUGUGGUGUUUGUGGUGUGUGUGUUGUUUGUGGUGUUUGUGUUGUGUGUUGUGUAUGUGUUGUUUGCGGUGUUUGUGUUGUGUGCGGUGUUUGUGUUGUUUGUGUUGUGUGUGUGGUGUUUGUGUUGUGUGUGUGGUGUUUGUGUUGUGUGUGUGGUGUUUGUGUUGUGUGUGGUGUUUGUGGUGUGUGUGUUGUUUGUGUUGUGUGUGGUGUUUGUGUUGUAUGUGUGGUGUUUGUGUUGUUUGUGUUGUGUGUGUUGUUUGUGUUGUGUGUGGUGUUUGUGGUGUGUGUGUUGUUUGUGUUGUGUGUGGUGUUUGUGUUGUUUGUGUGGUGUUUGUGUUGUUUGUGUUGUGUGUGUGGUGUUUGUGUUGUGUGUGGUGUUUGUGUUGUAUGUGUGGUGUUUGUGUGUGGUUUUGUGUUGUUUGUGUUGUGUGUGGUGUUUGUGUUGUAUGUGUGGUGUUUGUGUGUGGUUUUGUGUUGUUUGUGUUGUGUGUGGUGUUUGGGUUUGUGUGGUGUUUGUGUUGUGUCUGUUGUUUGUGUGUGGUGUUGUGUGUGGUGUUUGUGUUGUUUGUGUUGUGUGUGUGGUGUUUGUGUGAUAUGUGUGUUUGUGUUGUGUGUGGUGUUUGUGUUGUGUGUGUGGUGUUUGUGUGAUCUGUGUGUAUGUGUUGUGUCUGUUGUGUGUGGUGUUUGUGUGGUGUUUGUGUUGUGUGUGUGGUGUUUGUGUGAUUUGUGUGUUUGUGUUGUGUCUGUUGUGUGUUUGUGUGUGGUGUUGUGUGUGGUGUUUGUGUUGUAUGUGUUGUGUGUAGUGUGUGGUGUUUGUGUUGUUUGUGUGGUGUUUGUGUGAUUUGUGUGUUUGUGUUGUGUCUGUUGUGUGUUUGUGUGUGGUGUUGUGUGUGGUGUUUGUGUUGUAUAUGUUGUGUGUAGUGUGUGGUGUUUGUGUGUUUGUGUUGUGUCUGUUGUGUGUUUGUGUGUAGUGUAGUGUGUGGUGUUUGUGUUGUUUGUGUGGUGUUUGUGUGAUUUGUGUGUUUGUGUUGUGUCUGUUGUGUGUUUGUGUGUAGUGUUGUGUGUGGUGUUUGUGUUGUAUGUGUUGUGAGACAAACCUCCUGUAAUUGCUUUAUUUACUAAUCUUUAACAGUAGCCAAUAAAUUUGCUAGAAGUUU